CGUGCUGGAUUGCUUGCUGGAUGGAAAUGCUCUGUUUCGAUUGGUGUAUUUCCAUCCUUCUCCAGAAAUGCACCAAUCAGAACAGAGUAUUUCCAUCCGCUGGCCGCUAGCUUUGUGUUCCUUCAUGCUUUGUGUUACUUCAUGCUGUUUGAAAAUUUAAAGGAUUUCAUUGUUAACAGGAAAGUUAGGUUAAGUUCUAGUUAUUUGGUAGAAUUAUAUUACGAGUAGAGUAAGAACAGUGUUAUAAACUACGGACGAGUUGUCAUGCCACUUUUUUGUCAUACUAUGAGUAACAUAAACUUGCGUAACGUUCUGACGCGGUAGAAAUCCGUGACUGUCUAUUGAAUAGUGAGAUAUUUAGCGAAGUUACAAUUGACGUCACGACUGACAGUAUCAUGUCCUGGAUAGGCGCAAUAGCGAAUAAUGUGCUUCGUAACAUCGUCUACGUAGAUACGCCGCCGAAUGUCGUACAGGAGGUUCGACCGGAGCAUUAUAGCAAUCGGCAUAUUUACUCCCGCGAGGAUGGCAUCGUAUUAUACGGGCCCGGCGAUAAGAGUCAAAAGUAUGAGAUUGUACUGCACAGACCCUGUACGGAGACCCUUCAUCAGGCGUACAGCCUGUUCCGAGCCGAAUCUCUCGAAGCGGCAGUGGAGAGAUUCGUAAUAUAUAAGGAUAAAGUACCAGUACUUGUACAGAUAGUGCGUGAGAUGUGCAGCGUUGCGAAAAUACAGAAGCUCUGUGAUACUCUGACGGAGCACCCUACAUGGACGCUGGCGCAUAUAGCGGCAAAAUUCGCGCUGUACGACGCCUUCUCACACGCAAUCGUCAACAGCGAGCUCAACAGUGGCGAUUUGGAAACCGGCAUCUCGCCUCUGCAAGUCGCCGUGCAGACCAACAAUCUACGCACUGUGCAAAUGCUGAUAGCGGCCAAGAGCUCGUUGGAGCAUCUGGAUCAUAGCGCAAACACCGUUUAUCAUUACGCGGCCACGUCGACCAAAGAGAUCAUUCUGGCCUUGGGAGCUGGUCUGCCCAACAGUCUCAACAGCCGUAACAGCAACGGCCACACUCCUAUUCACGUAGCUUGUCACAACGACAAGCCCGAGUGCGUGAAGGCGUUGCUGCUGAUUGGUGCUGACGUUAAUAUACCCGCUACCGAGGGUUCCGAGCCCUCCAGCCCCGGUUACGUUGGCGAUUUCUUGCACAACAAGCCGAACGUGCUCCACUCGGAGGACAUGAAGUUUGGCGGUACACCAUUGCACUGGUCGCGCAGUCGCGAGGUGAUAUGCGCGCUGAUCGAGAACUGCGACAUCAACGCGGUCAACUUCGACGGGCGCACGGCGUUACAUGUGAUGGUGAUGCGCAAGCGACUAGAGUGCGUAGUUGCACUGCUCAGCCAUAUGGCGUCCGUAAACAUCGUCGACAACGAGGGUAAUACCCCGCUACAUCUGGCUGUGGAUCUAAUAAUCGUGCAAGCGCUCAUCGGUUUCGGUGCCGACCUCAACGCUCGCAACUGGAAGUCGGAGACACCGUUGCACAAGGCUAAUAUCGACAACACCGAAGGUAACAAGAUCAUCUAUCUGCUGCACGCGGUGGGCGCGCAGCGAUGUCCGCCUGAAAUAAUAGGUUGCCAUCUCGGCUGCAAAUUCAACGAGACCUAUACCGGCAUCGCGCCGUCGGAACCGCCGCACCACGUAACGCGCACCGUCAUCGAUCAGAUGCUGCACGUUUCCGGCAUGGAUAAGAUGACCGAGCGAGACAGAACAACUGUCGACGGCGGCAGACUGCUUUGCCUCGACGGUGGCGGUAUUCGCGGGUUGGUGCUUAUCCAAACGUUAUUGGAGAUCGAGUCGGUGCUUGGGCGACCUGUGGUGGAGUGCUUCGACUGGAUCGCCGGCACGUCAACCGGUGGCAUUCUCGCUCUCGGUCUCGCCGCCGGCAAGUCCUUACGCGAAUGCCAGGCGCUCUAUUUUCGUAUCAAGGAGGACGCCUUCGUGGGUUCGCGUCCGUACAACAGUGAGGGCUUGGAGAAGGUGUUGAAGGAAUGUCUCGGUGCGGACACAGUUAUGGCGAAUAUCGCAAAGCCAAAGAUCAUGAUUACCGGCGUGCUUGCCGACAGAAAGCCUGUGGAUCUUCAUCUGUUCCGCAAUUACGAUUCACCCAGCACUUUGCUGCAAGUGGCGGAAAAUACAAUGUUCAAGCGCACAUUACCGCCGGAAGAGCAGCUUCUGUGGAAGGCAGCGAGAGCCACCGGUGCUGCGCCGUCGUACUUUCGAGCGUUCGGUAGAUUUCUGGACGGUGGCUUAAUCGCAAAUAAUCCCACUCUGGACGCUAUGGCGGAGAUACACGAGUACAAUCUGGCGUUGAAGGCCACCGGUCAGCCGCAGCAGGUAGUGCCGCUGACAUUGGUAGUCUCUCUCGGCACUGGAUGCACUCCUACUACGUACGCUCUCAAAGAGAUCGAUGUUUUUCGGCCGGAGAGUCUCUGGGACACCGCGAAGCUCGCCUUCGGCAUCUCAGCGCUCGGCACGUUGUUGGUCGACCAAGCGACUGCUAGCGACGGUCGAGUGGUGGAUCGUGCCAGAAGCUGGUGCUCCAUGAUCGGCGUCCCGUACUACAGAUUCAAUCCGCAACUGUCGACGGAGGUCGCGAUGGACGAGAAGAACGACGAGAUCUUGGUGCACAUGAUCUGGUCCGCCAAGGCGUUUAUGCACGCGAAUCGAGAUCAAGUGAAAGAACUGGCAGCGAUUAUCAAUAGUAGCUCAUAGCUACAGAGAAAAUUAUAAUGGCGAGAUCGUUAGCACGACAAUUUUCUGCUAGGUUACAAGUUCACCGCUAUUCACUACGACCAAUGUGAUAUUAGACUUGAUAUUAGACUUGCUGACAUUAGAUUUUUAGUGAAUAUUACAUCUUUCCUUCUUUUCUUUUUGUAAUAAUAUGUAGCAAACAACUGAUUUGCAGCGAUCGUGCGUACCAUAUCGUGUGUUCUUUUCGCGUUCAUAGUCAAAUUGGGAACAAAUUUUCAUUCUAGUUCAUUAGGAACUUCUCACGACACGACGAAUAAUGCACAAUUCUUGAUAUUAUAUUACAAUUCAACUCACUUUUUAUCGUUUUUCGUAAUCUCUGCUAAUUGAAUAGUGUGGGUGUUAUUGUUAAAUUAGGUGAGUCACGAGUUCAAAGUGUCUAGAAGUAAUUUAUUAAUAUCGUUAUAGCGUUUACAGAGAAAAAUAAAUUAAAAAAAGAAACGAAAUAUAUUGUCACAAAGCGUA